UUUGUGAUGUGACAAAUUUGUUCUGUAUUCAACAGUAAAAUAAGGUAUUUUGUAAUACAGCAUCUACGACAUACAAGUGACACAAUCUAAUCGCUAAAUCAGCAGCAAACUCGUGAGUUUGCAGUAGACAGAAUGGAAAAUGUUUUAACACAGCUGUAUGAUUCGCUAAGCCAGUUACGCUAUCCUGAAAUAGCAAAGAUAGACUCGAAAGACUUAGCGACAGUGGUACUCGCUGGUCAUAAUCGAAUCACCUUAUUAACAUGGCUUUUAUCCCGAGCAUCUCCCACACUUUCAACACACCUUGAAAAGUUUCAAGGGCAAAAGUUAAAAGAAGAAAUAGUAAAAUCUUACUUUCAAAUGGGAAUUACAAAUGAUGAAAGUGUGCUACUGGGUAAUUGUUGUAUACAAAAACAACUGUCAUUUUUAAAAGCAUUAUUCUUGUUCACGAAGAGUUUGGACAGCACAGAUAACUUACCUGAUGAUGAAUCUGUUGUUUGCAAAAUCUUGGACGAACUUGUAAACAAACCUGCUAACAUCAUUCCUGCAACGUUUCAUGUGAGCACAAAACUAACAAAGUCCAAGGUAAAAAAGUAUCUGGAUGAAGUUGGACGAAGCAUAACAGAGGCGACUUCUGUUUCGCCCGUACGUGAAACUGCAAAAGUUAACGCUUUGGCAAUUAAGGAUGAAAUUGAUUCGGAUGAUGCAUUGGAAAUUGAAAAUGGACAGACGCUAUCAUUAGAGUCUAUGGCAGUGACAUUCAGUACAGCUUUUGCGUCCGCUGAAUUUGUGCAAAACACAAAGCAAUUGAAUACCACAACUGAGGAAAUACUUUGCAUAGACGAAACUAUUCAAAAUCUGUGCAAGGAUUUGAAUUCGUUUGCACAGAUAUUCGAAUCGAAAGAAUCAAUUCUGGGAAAGAAAUUGCCAGAAUCUUUGGAAAAAAGUGAAACACCGCUGAGUCUGUUGAUUCAGGAUAAUGUGAUACUUUCUGAAGAAAUAAGGAAGUUGUAUGAUCAUAGCCAUCUUGAAAACUAAGUACGUAAUGCAUCGCUACAUUAAUAAAUUAUUCAAAUAUCUAAGUUAAGAAAACAGUAGACUAAUUGAAAAUGGCACAAGCUUUGGUCAGGUGAUCUAUCUAUUGAUAGGUGUACAUUGAUAUGUAAUUGCAUCAAUACUUUUUCCAUUUUAUGCAAGCAAAUGUUCACAAUUUACUAGUUUGCCUGGCAAAAUUAUUGACCUUUUUUCACUAGGCAGGGUAAUUUUUAUACAUCUGAGAUAAACGUGCAAAGACUUUAUUCUCAAAAUAAUUUAUUAAGUUGUCGUACUAAUAUUAAUUAUCACACUUAUGUAGUUGUAUUUGUAUACUAAAUUUACUUAUCCAAUAAUCACAAUUUGCCUUACAUAUAAAACUGAUCAUACAUUCGUAUAAAACCUAUUUAGUUAUUAGUCACACUUUGUAUGGAUACUGCCAAAAUAAAAUAAAAAAAAUCUUUUUCAAUCAGUGCGUAUAGAAUAAUAACUAGGUUUUCACAAGUGUUAUAUUUAAUUCAGGUUUUACCUCUAAUUAUCUUACUCGUUCACUUAAUUUAAAAUUUUUAAUGUUUACAAGAAUAUCAGUAAGAAAGAAAUAGUUUAACACAUUUCAGUAUUUAAAUUCUACGUUUCAUUUAUAGAAAUAUACUUCCGCACUUUCCGAAUUAUUUCCAAAUUUAAUUAGGAUUAG